AUGAGGCUGUGCAACCGGGGCGUGAUGAUGCUGAUGACCACGGCGGGGGCUUUCUGCGCCUUCAGCCUCAUGACCAUCGCCGUGGGGACUGACUACUGGCUGUACUCGCGUGGGAUGUGCCGCUCCAAGAACCUCGGGGACAAUGAGACGGUCCGCAAGAAUGAGGAGGUGCUCACGCACUCGGGUUUGUGGAGAACUUGCUGCACUGAAGGAACAUUCCGAGGUGUUUGCAAAGACAUCGACCACUUUGCGGAAGAUGCGGAUUACGAGCAGGAUGCAGCAGAGUACUUACUACGAGCGGUUCGAGCAUCCAGCCUCUUCCCGAUCCUCAGCGUGGGCUUGCUGUUCCUUGGAGGUGUGUGCGUGGCUGCUAGCGAGUUUUACAAGUCACGCUACAACGUCAUCCUCACGGCGGGCAUUCUCUUUGUCUCUGCAGGUCUGAGCAACAUCAUCGGCAUCAUCGUGUACAUAUCAGCCAACUCCGGGGACCCAAGCCAGAGUGACAACAAGAAAAGCUACUCGUACGGCUGGUCCUUCUACUUCGGGGCGCUGUCUUUCGUCCUGGCUGAGAUGGUAGGCGUUCUGGCGGUGCACGUGUUCAUCGAGAAGCACCGGCAGCUCCGGACAAACGGCCGACCCUCCCUGAUGAAACCCCCAGUCUCCCGCGGUUCGUCCAACUAUCGCAACCGCUACUAUAACAACCGCACCCGUAGACACAGCAGCAGAAGCAACCACAGCAUCGGUGCAGACUCGAGAUCUAACUCCCUGCGAGCGUCCCUGAUGCGGGAGGCGUCGCUUUCAUCCGGGGCCAAGGUGGCCACCUUGCCGGGGUUGCCCCCUCCGGUCGCAUCGGAGUUUAUGCUUUACGCGCUGAAGGACGCGGACAUGAUGUUGGACGGGGUGACGGCUGCGCCUCAGGAUGACAGCGACAUGAUUACCGGAAAUUGUGGUGCCAAUAGAAGAACCACUCCUGUCUAA